AGAAUACUUAAUUUUCUUUUAAAAUCAAACGCACGAAGCACCAUCGCUCAUCACCUUCGCCUCUCAUUUCUUAUGAAGGGUCCCCCACCGCCUUCUUCCCUUUUAACAUUCGCUUCGUUUCUUCUUUGCACAUGGACAAGAAUAUAUUAAACCAUUUCUCGUUCCUUCCUCUGUGAACUGAGUCAAGUGGAAUUGGAGGAAGAAAAGAAGGUGGUAAAGUGGCAGGAAUAGAGGGGACGAUAUUUAUUUUAUGCCUUCUGCUAUACUUCUGAUGGCCAGAUCCUAGGAACGGAAGCCGAUCCAAACCGUCCCGGUUUCGCUCUUCUUAAUCCGCCUAAGAUCGAAGAGAAAAUGGAGACAGAUCUUGGCAAGCUCUUCAUCGGCGGGGUCUCUUGGGACACCGAUGAUGACCACCUCCGGGAGUACUUCAGGACUUAUGGGGAGGUGGUUGAGGCUGUUAUCAUGAAGGACCGGACUACUGGCCGUGCACGUGGUUUCGGGUUCGUGGUGUUUGCAGACCCUGCUGUGGCUGAGAGAGUCCUGAUGGAGAAUCACAUAAUCGAUGGUCGUAAGAGAAUUGUCGACAAGCAAAUUUGUCUAUGUUAAAAUCUACUAUUGGGUCGAUGAAUAAUCCUCAGGUGGAGGUGAAAAAAGCUGUUCCCAGGGUUGAUCAGCACAUCCUUAAUAGAAACAACACCAGUAUUCCUGGUUCUCCUGGUCCGGACCGCACCAAGAAGAUAUUUGUGGGAGGCCUGCCAUCAAAUAUAACAGAGAGUGACUUCAAAAUGUACUUUGAACAGUUUGGGAAUAUCACCGAUGUCGUUGUGAUGUAUGAUCACAACACUCAGAGGCCAAGGGGGUUUGGAUUUGUCACUUAUGACUUGGAGGAUGCUGUGGAUAAGGUCCUGCUUAAAACCUUUCAUGAGCUAAAUGGUAAGAUGGUUGAGGUCAAGAGAGCUGUUCCUAAAGAAUUGUCUCAGGGGCCAAACAUGUGCUCACCUAUAGGGCGAAAUAACUAUGGUCUGAAUCGGGUUAAUAGCUUUUUUAAUGGGAAUACUCAGGGUUACAAUUCAAGGUCAGUAGGUGGAUAUGGAGAGAGAAUGGAUGGCAGAUUGGGACCACUAGCAAGUGCACAGAUUGGGUUCUCUUCUUUUAGUACUGGUUUCAGUAUGGGGAUGAAUUUUGAGCCUGGUAUGAACGCAAGCUUAGCUGGAAGUUCAAGCUUUAGCAGUAACCUUGGACAUGGGCGAGGUUUGAACCCUUACUACAGUGGGAAUUCAAGUAGGUAUCAUAAUCCUUUUGGUAACAGUAGAGAUAGUGGUAAUACUGGGUCAGUUUUUAGUUCAAUGGCUCGUAAUGCGUGGGGUAUUGGUGGCAUUAACUACACUACAAACUCUGCAAAUUCUAAUGCUUACAUGACCUCAGGAAGUAGGAGUUACAGUAGUUUUGGCAGUAGUAGCCUGAACUGGGGCGGAUCUUCUUUACCUAUUUCAGCUCAGGGUGGGUGUAAUGGAUCAGGCUAUAAUAAUGGAAGCUUGAGUUAUGAAAAUGGUGAGAGUAACUUUGGUUUGGGCACCAGCAGUUUUGGAAGAAGUGGUCAAACUGGAGCUGCUAACACUUCUCUUACUGCAACAACUGGUGGAUAUGAAGGAAACUAUGCGGGCCUAUAUGGUGCUAGUUCAGUUUAUGGAGACCCAACUUGGCAGUCGGCAUCCUCUGAAUUUGGUGGCACUGGUCCAUUUGAUUAUGGGUUUGGAAAUGCCACCUCAGAUAGAACAGGCAAGGGCUCUGCAGCUUAUAUGGAUGGUUAUACUCUUACCAGUGGACACCCAAAAAGAGGAAUUGCUGCAUAUGGAAAUUAUGGAAGUUAUGAUUGGUGAAGAAUGCAGUAAAUCAGGUGCCUGCCUGUGAAGUUUACAUAUCCCAUAUGUUAUAUGGGUUAGUUAUUUACAUAAAGUAAGCCAGGGAGAUGUUCAGAAAUUCAGAUUUAGAGAAUUUGAAGAUAAAAGAUUUUGUGGGAUUGGAAUUUGAAUUUAAUUUCUACAUUGGGUGUAGGUUUUGUUUCUUGGAUUUGUUUGAGAUGUAAAAUCUGAUUGCGGGAUAUAUUCAGAGGAGUGUUCAGAUUUAUCACAGCAAUGUGUCAAAUAAACUUCUAGUAUUGUUCAAAACAGAAAAGAAGGAAAACAAACUGCUGUAAUAUCUGGCAACAUUGUUGCUUCUUGUUGGUAUAUUCCUUCAUUAUUUUUCUUUAA